UCCAUUUUCUUCAUUCACAACUGGACUUCUUCCCAGGGAACUUGGACGACUGGAAGAGCCUUGGUUUCGACUGCGCAGAGGACUGGAUGUGGAGGCCAACAAAAAAUGUCCUUGCUCCUUCCAAAAAUCGAACCAAAGUCAUCUUGCCUGCGUUUGUUUUCAAGCGUAGGAAAAUGAGUCCAUAUUGCCAUCAAACGGGGCAUAUGGAACCUUCCGGAAGUACCCACGGUGCUGCGGAUUUGGAAACAGCUGAUCCUGAAACAGGCACGCCAACCCCAUCUCCUACCCCUUCAGCAACCCCAUCACCACCUUCGCAUCCAGAGGAACCAUCAUUUGCGGGUGAAGAUGGCCAAAGUUUUCUGAUUAUAAACCCGCCACCAGCUCUACAAAACGGGGCGUCUGACUGCCUGCCUAUUGACCAUAACCUACCUCGCUUGCUGAGGCAAGUUUCAGGAAAUGCAGAUCUGAUCUCAGUCCGAGACAUCAAACUACGAGUGAUAUCCAGGGAGAUGAGCCUCCAUAGACUAGCCCUCUUCGUUCCGAACCUCAGGGAGCUCAACCUUGAAGGCAGUUUCUUGGGAUCACUCAGAGAUCUGGGCUGUGGUCUCGCAUCUCUCAACGUACUCCGGGUGUCGAGGUGUGGUCUGGAGUCUUUAGACGGUACUUUCGGUCUCACGAAUCUUCGUGAACUGCACGCAAGCCACAACAUGGUGGACGAUGCUAGCCCAUGUUCCGCGCUGCCCCACAUCCGAAUUAUCGACCUCGGCAAGAAUGCUGUAGAAGACGUAAGAUCGUUGGAGUUCCUCGGCAUUUGUUCCCACCUUGAGUAUCUGACAUUGGCAGAAUGUCCUGUGUCCUCUACGCCAAACUAUCAGGCAAGGAUUCGGCGUCUCCUGCCAAACUUGGUCACACUGGACGGCAUCCCUGUGACACAGGUUGGUCAGGAACAAAAUUCUGAACACAUUGAUGAUGAUGAUGUCGGUAUUGGCUAUCAACGUCGGGGUUUCUUCAGACCAAGACCUCGUUGCUAUAAGCUUCGUCAUCACGGGCUAGAGUCCAGCGGCGACAAACAUCCAACCACAAAUAAAGAUGGCUACUCGAAACAAGCGGAUGGAACCGACGGGUCUAGCAUGAGUAAUAUGGGGGAUUCCCCAGACUGCUCUAGUUCGUCUUAUCGGACUUACACAGGUCUGCACUCCACACAAAGCAGCGUUUCUGACAGCACGCUAACCCAAAACUGGAAGAAAAACCCUCGCAAAGCGACAAUUAAGAAGCGACCGGCCACUGCUGUCAUCGGUGCUUUAGAAGCGUCACACGGACAAACAAGUAAAGCAAGACCAUCCUCUGCUGCUACAACCAAAGACGAAGGCGAUCUGAGUGGGGCCUGUGUGGUUGACCCACGCUGCGACUCCUCCAGUCUACUCACCUCUGGAAUGGUGGUCUGUGGCAACCUUACAGCAGCUCUGAGGAGUCGUCGAAAGCGUCACGACGCCUGGACUGAAGAAGACUUUCCAUCUCCUAUGCAGUCCAUGACCGAAUCACGAAAGACUGAUUCAAGCGAAGGCCGUGAUAUAAGGGAAGAAAACCCAGGGAUUUUGGUGGAAUCCAAGACCUUGAAUGAAGUUUAUGCUGUGUAUCGUCCAGAGAACAGAUUCCGUUGGGAAAAAGAAGAUUCCAAUCUACCAGAGUCUGUUGCAGAGAAAUGUAACCAGGUUGAAACAAAGAACGCAGAAACAGCAACAGACGAGGACGAGAAAUCUGCAGAUGUGAACAAUUCUCAAAUCAAAGCACCGCCAUCUUGUUGUCCACACUUAUUCAUGCGCCAGAAACCAAUGCGUAACACUUCGCACGAUUCUGACACCAAUUUAGAUCUUCAACCGUCACCAGAAGCUGAGAGAGAAAAGACGACAUUUCUCUGUCUUACUCACAGAGAGUGGGAGAAAUAAAAUUAAUUUAAAAUUUAUUUCAAUUCGUUUUGGUCCUUGUCUCAGGAUACCAACAGACUAAUUUAAAUUUACAACUUAAAUUCAUGUAAAUAUUUAUAUAACUGAAGGAAAUAAGUAAAAUACUAUGAAGCUUUUAAAAUGUGGCGUUGAUAUGUACGAGGGUCGCUCAUUAAGUAAUGCCCCACA